AUGCCUCUAAGAGGGUCCAAUCAUUCUGAGAAUGUCCUCGCAUCCGCACCGUACUUCAAGAGUCUUGAAGAACUGGACAUAUGGGCAGAGAGAGCCCAUGCAAGGUUGACCGGUAUUAUCGAAUAUACGCCUCGUGAGGCAGUCGACGGCGUGGAAUCCGAGAGUGCAGGAAAAUUACUUGUCUGUCAUGAUUAUAAGGCUGCGCUGCAGGGCGGCUACACAGAGUCGCCGUCUGGAUUUGCUUAUACAUUCAAUUUCUGGUAUCUCUGUGAUACUUUCAUAUAUUUCUCGCAUCACCGGGUCACAAUACCUCCGCCUGGCUGGAUCAAUGCAGCACAUCGUCAAGGUGUCAAGAUACUUGGCACAUUAAUUUUCGAGGAUUCCGGCCAACAGGACUGUCUGCGCCUUCUAGUUGGACGGCUUCCCAAAUCGAAGACAGGAGCUGCAAAACACUCUGCCAGUACUUCACUGCCGCUAUCUCCUCACUACGCACGGCUCCUUGCCGAUCUCGCCUUCCAGAGAGGAUUUGACGGAUAUCUGCUCAAUGUUGAAUGCCCCUUGCUGGGAGGCAUUGAGCAGACAAGAGUCUUUUCAGCAUGGAUCGCUCUUCUAGAGAGUGAGCUCAGGCGGAAGGUCGGUCAGCACGCCGAAGUGAUCUGGUACGACAGUGUCAUCAUAAGUGGAGACCUAAGGUGGCAGGAUCGCCUCAACAAUUACAACCUCCCAUUGUUCAUACCUUCAUCCGGGUUCUUCACAAACUACACAUGGGCUCAUGACUACCCGUCCCUGACGGCUCAAUACUUCUUGUCGUUAGAUCCGUCACUCAUGCCUCGCCCAAAGCGUCUACGGGAUAUCUACGUUGGUGUCGACGUCUGGGGCCGCGGACAGCACGGUGGCGGAGGUUUCGGAUCAUUCAGAGCGAUCUCACACAUCGAUCCGGUGUUUCUGGGUCUGAGUGUUGCUCUAUUCGGCCACGCGUGGACAUGGGAGACCGAGCAAGACAAGCCGGGAUUCACAUGGGAGACGUGGUGGGAGUACGAGCGCAGAUUGUGGGUUGGUCCGCGGACAUCCGAUGAGGUAAUCGCGUUGCCUCCGGACAAGCGAAGGCAGGGCGAGCCUGAAUGCCAGCAUGGCCCUUUCGUCCCUUUAUCCUCGUUCUUUGCCCGGAAGCCUCCGCCCAAUCCAGUAAAUAUGCCGUUCCUGACUUGGUUCUCUCCUGGAAUCGGACGCGCAUGGUUCGUGAAUGGUAUCAAGGUGCACGAGUCAGACGAAGGCUGGACCGACUUGGAUAAGAAUUCAUCUUUGGGAGACAUGGUGUGGCCGCGCCCGGUGCCUAAAUGGGAGCAUGCGGAUCAAGGCGAGCCUCCCACGGCAUUAACGACGGUGUGCAUGGACGAUGCAUGGCUUGGUGGGAGUUCCCUCCGCCUCUCACUCUCCACAUCUGGAUCAGACGCGGAAGACGCAAUGUUCCAAUGCAUUUGGCUGCCUGUGCACUCUCUUGCUAUCUCCCCACACACAUCGUACGUUGCGACGGUGAUCUUCAGGACGGCAUCUAAACACGACGUCGAUCUGGAUGUCGGCCUGUCAGUGAAAGCCCUGACGGAUUCUGUCGCAGAAGCGUUCGAUAUCAGACCUGUCACUGGCUCUGGCAACCUCCCUAAUGGUUGGUCAGAGUUGAUGAUAGAGUUUAGUAUCGCAACAGAACCAGCAAGAGAUGUUCUAGCUGCAGUCGGCUUAAUUAUCGGUUUUACUUUGGAAGAUUCGACCAAACCGGUAGACUUCUUCAUCUCGCUGGGACUGUUGGCUAUAUCCCCGAGUGUAGGCACCUCUGGUAUCUCUGUCCAUCAGCCUAGAGUACUGUGGGCAGACUUUGAUCCCGCGACCGCAGACAAUGUAGCAGGACCAUUCAUCGGAACACUCAAGUGGGAAGUCGCCGCGUCAUUCGCUCCUUUGAAAAACAUUACUAUCAGUCGCAACGGCGAAGAUCCCACACCUUUGUGGUCGUUUUCCUCCUCGUUCCCUUCGUUCUCAUUCUUCAACAUCUACAUCGUGCCCCACGCAGGUGCUGGCCACCAAUUUGACCCCAACGAGGCGGUCUGGAUCGGCACAACGGGCUUGACUGGCAACAGAAAUAGUUUCUACGUCGACGCAGCUUGCCUCCCCGAGAAUUUGAAGCAGGCCAGAGCUGCCCGCUUCUACUUACAGGGUGUCAGCGACCGGGGAUGCGUACUGAGUUGGGAGGACUGCGCUUAUGUCGAUAUCGAUGCUCCCGCAACGGAGGUUUAA